AUGGCCAUCGCAGAUGUCCGUGAUAUGCUCGAUCUGCCCGUCGAUGGUGGGCAUCCUAGACCUCACAAGAAACAAAAAGUCGUUGAAAAAAGACCCGAGGGUAUUACUCGCGAGCUCUUUGCUCUUCUUGGCGAGCGUGCUCCGCCAAUCGCUCUGAACGAGAAUAAAUACAAGGGACGGCGGAAAUGGGUGAGCAAACUGAAAGUGCGGCCAUGGGAGAUGGCACCGUUUGAAAACGACGCCCGUUCCGAUGGCCUUGUUCUUCGACACUGGCAGCGAAAACGUGUUCCCGGUAACGAAGCACCCUCCGGUGAAAAUGCAGUGUCCGAUUGGGAGGAUAAAACGCAAACCGAAACCGCAGAACAGAGAGAUGAGGAACCCUAUCCAUUCGCGAAAUAUAACGUCAAAGUCCAGGUUCCAAAGCGGUAUACAGAUGAACAAUACAAUCGGUACCUAAAAAGCCAUAACUGGAGUCGUGAAGAGACGGACUAUCUUAUGGAAAUCGUCGAGGAAUAUGAUUUACGAUGGGUCGUAAUCGUGGAUAGAUACGAAUAUCCCCCAAACCCACCAGGAACCGAGGGCGACUUAACCGCGCUUGUCUCAACGACAAAACGUCGAACGAUGGAAGAGAUGAAGUCUCGCUAUUAUACCGUUGCCGCAAACAUGCUGGCACUUGAAAACCCACCGUCUGAGAUGUCUGAAACAGAGUUCGACCUUCACGAGAAGAUGAUGAAAUAUGACCCUGAACAAGAGAGAGCUCGCAAAGAUUUGGCGAUUUUACAAUUGAACCGAUCCAAGGACGAAGUUAAUGAAGAAACUCUUCUCCUGGAGGAACUUAAACGCAUCGUGGCCAACGAAAAGACUUUUAUCGAAGAACGAAAAGAACUCUACGCCAGACUGGAAGCCCCGAUCAGCACCAGUAAUGCCACGAUGUACCAAUCAAGUCAAGGCUUAUCGCAACUCCUCCAAUCCCUUCUGCAUGCCGAUAAAAACAAGAAAAGACGUUCAAUUAUGGGGCCAGAAACCGGCACGUCCAGCCCUGCCAGCAGCCAACCAGGUGCUCAAAAUCCCCCCCAGAGCGCUCGCGAAAGUAGGCCCCAGACUCCUGCUGCCACGGCACCGGUACCCACAACGACCAAGAAAGCUGCCGCCAGUGCUGCAGCCCAACAACAAGCCAUCAAAACCCUAACUCCCGCCGAAGAAGCCAAGUAUGGUGUCACCCGCCAUGACCGUCUUGCCUCGGGCGUCCAGUUCCGCAAUGACAGGGCGCAAAAGCUCACACAGGCAAAAUCCAACAUCCAAUCACAGAAACUUGCUGCUGCGCUUACUGAACUUUCCAUCCCACCCCGCCUCGUCAUGCCGACGGAGAAAGUGUGCAAGGAAUUUGAAAAACUGAUACACUCGGUCAAUUUGCUGCUUGACGUGCGCAAGUUUGCGGAGAAAGUUGAGGGAGAAAUUCGUGUGCUGGAGGCUGCUAAGCAAGAUCGGGGAAGGAAGGAGAGGGAGAGGUUGGAGCAGGAGGCUAGGAAAGCUGGAGGAGGGAAUGCUGGUGCAGGAAAGGCGGAUGAGAAUCAGCAGGAGAAUAAAGGAAAAGAGGGUGUGGGAGAGGACAAGGGAGCUGCUACUCCUGUAGCUGCGGCUCCUGUCGAGGUAGAAGCGCCAGCGGUGAGAGGGCAGAGUGAAGCCGGUGCUCUUAAUAAUGAAACUGACGAAGGGGCGAAAGAGACUGGCGCGGAGGGUGUAGGAGCCGCUGGCUCGACCAGGUCUCACAAACGAAGCGCCAGUGUUUUAAGCGCGGUUAGUGACAAGAGUUCGAAGAGGCAGAGAAAGUAG